GCUGCCGCUGCCGGCCGCGAUGCCCGGGCACUUCUGCCUGGCCGACUGCGACGUGCUGGGCUUCGACCUGGACCACACGCUCUGCCGCUACCGCCUGCCGCGCAGCGCCCGGCUAAUCUAUGAUAGUUUUGCUCAGUAUCUGGUAACGGAGAAGGGCUAUGACAAAGACUUGCUGAAUCUAACUUCAGAGAGCYUAGACUUCUGUUGUAAAGGUUUGGUGUUUGACCUUGAAGAUGGAAACUUCCUGAAACUUGCAGAAGAUGGAACAGUUUUGAGAGCAAGCCAUGGUACGAAGCGCAUGACAUCUGAAGAGAUCCUGGAGACUUACGGAAGAAGAGAAUGGAAGCAUUUUGGUGCAGUCAGUGGAAUGCUUUCCCGCUCAGCCAAGUACUAUUUGUAUGAUAAUUAUUUUGACCUACCAGGAGCACUCCUUUGUGCCAGGAUUGUGGACAGCUUAGAUCGGCAUGAUAAGCAGAAAAAAUACGACUUUUGGAAGGACAUGGUGGCUGCGAUCCAGCAUAAUUAUAAAAUAUCAGCUUUUAAAGAAAACUGUGGGACAUAUUUCCCAGAAGUGAAAAAUGACCCAGACAAAUAUUUACAAAGAUGUCCCGAGUCAGUAAAGAAAUGGCUAAAACAACUGAAGAAUGCCGGGAAGAUCCUGCUACUAAUCACCAGUUCUCACAGUGACUAUUGCAGGCUCCUGUGUGAGCAUAUCAUUGGGCAUGAUUUUGAAGAUUUUUUUGAUAUUGUGAUCACAAAUGCUUUGAAACCUGGUUUCUUCUCCCAUACUCCGAACCAAAGACCUUUCCGAACUCUUGAGAAUGAUGAAGAGCAGGAGGCUCUGUUAUCCCUAGAUAAGCCUGGCUGGUAUUCCCAAGGUAAUGCUAUCCAUCUUUAUGAACUGCUGAAGAAGAUGACUGGCAAGUUGGACCCCAAGGUUGUUUAUUUUGGUGACAGCAUGCACUCGGAUAUUUUCCCAGCUCGUCACUAUAGCAACUGGGAAACUGUCUUCAUCUUAGAGGAGCUUCUAGGGGACAAAGUUAUGGUGCCUGCAGAGACUGAAUCUGAGCCCUUGGAGAAGAAAGGAAAAUAUGAGAGACAUCUUCCCAAAGUUCCUUGCUCUGUAUCUGAACAGUGGGGCUCUUUCUUCGUGGACAGCUUGCCAGGCUUGGGAAAUGCUGAGGAAACUUUAGUUAGCACAUGGUCCUGUAAAUGCAUUAGCACUUACAGCACUAUUGCAAUCCCUAGUCUUGAAGCAAUAGCAGAUUUACCACUGGAUUACAGAUUUACACGAUUUUCCUCAAGUAACUCUGCAACUGCUGGUUACUACCCGAGCCCUCCGAGAGCGCUGCUGUCUCCUGAGGAGUCAGUGCCUAUGAAAUAGGUUGUUUGCUUUUCCUUAAGUAACCUUGUGACCCGUACUUAACUGCUAUCAAGUGUUAAUUGGUCAAAAUGCUGUGUGAUGCUUCAUAAAAUAGAAUGAUGGUUUAAAAGCAGCCUGUUGUGUAGACUUAUGUUUCACUUGUUUCCUUGGCCCAGCUGGAGCAAGUGAGCAAUGCACAUGUAAAUCUUUCUACUACCACUGCCUGGGUUACUGGCUUUUCCCUGCACUGCCCAAAUGCCAUGAAAGAAACAUAGUGAUAAUACCUCAUCCCAAACUGAUACUACUCAUCCCAAACUGGUACUACUCAUCCCAAACUGAUAAUACCUCAUCCCAAGUUGUGUUUAAGCUUGUUUUUUUCUCAUGGACAAUUGCAAAAGKAUCCCUAUUUAAGGUGAUGCUGCUGCUCUUGCCCUAGGAAGCACAAGAAACUGAACCCUGAGCCAUAUCCAAUUAAGAGUUAGCAAUAACUCAUAUUAUUUUGGUUGUUGGGUGUUUUGUAGACUCUAAGGCAUUUAUUCUCUCCCUAUCUAAACAAAGAAGAGAAGUACGAUAUCUCUACUUGGAGUUACUAAAAGACUGUGACCCAGAUGGGCGUUUUGGUAACAAAAAGAUGCUUCAUAUCCAAAAAGAGACUUGAGUGGAGUUUAAGCAGCUAAAUGCAGAAUUAGAGUCCUCAAAACCUUUGUCAGAUGCUUUCUGCUCCAGAAUGUGCCUAACAUCUAUUGCAAUGAGGUUCUCUAUAUCUUUUUUUCUCCUGCAAUUUUCAAUACCUCAAGCAUCAGAGCUCUUUUGCAGAAUAAAGGAAACCUGCAUACAGGAUCCUUUACAGCUUGAGUGGAUUCAAAUCCACAUUUUCUACCUCCGUGGCAAAUUCUUCUAAAGGUCAGAAGGAUAUAGCACCAGCUGUAUGCAUUUAUCAUUGCUAAGUACAGCCUAAGCCCAGAAGAGAAUAAAGAUUCAAGACAUAAGCUGGGUUUUUUUUUUUUUUUCCUACUGGCUAAUUUAAGGAAAUUCCUAUCCUGUUUUCUAUGGAUUCAGUCUAAAGACAUGGUUCUGCAGAACUUUGCACAAGGAACCUUAAGUAACUAACUCAGGAUGAUUGACUCAAAACAAUGUUUAAGGUAUUCACUUAGGUAUCUUUUUUCUGUAUAGGCACACUAGGAUGGCAGAAUUUGGGAUAAAUUUUCUUCAAAGUUAAGGGUACAAUAGACACAAGCUUUCUUUCCUCAGUUCUUAUUUUAAAGAAAAAUCCAUGUUAAGAAUUUACUUUUUAGGCCUACACAGUUAUCUGAAUUGAAUUAUCUUGUAUCUUCACCCACUCUAUUUUUGUAGCUACUCCAGUUAAAAUACUUCGAAUCAGAAUCAGAAUCAGAAUGGACACACCAUUCCACCUUGUUGGAGCUUUACUAGUCUUUGUUUCUCUACUUACUUCCCUACUAUUGUUUUUUAAAAUAUGUGGAUGUUGCAACUUUCCAAUGAGCUAUAUAUUUAACAUCAAGAAUUGUUUUUCCCAAUGGAAAGAUAAAAGAGGAAAAUUAUGGGGAAAAAAAUUCCAAAAUUUGAAGUGAUGUUCUCUUCAUAGCCUGUCGGUUGAAAAUGUUGAAUUAUGAAAGUAACAUUUAGURAAAUAUUUGUAUUUAUUUUAAAAUCUUAAAUUACCAUCAAUGCCUUGGCCAGAAAAUCUGGCCUAAGAUUACAAAUAUGUUUUGUAUUAAGUAGAAAUGGACCCAGACUAAAUUCUCAGAUCCAUGGCUGCAUCAUCAGUUGAAACUGUAAGCUGAAACAAGUAAACUUUUGCAGUUACUAAGUAGGUUCAUGACCAAAACAGUAAGAGUGGCCUCASAAGUCUAUUGUUUUGAAUUUGAAUGUGAUUUUUUAUGUUGGCCUUUCUCUUUGUUUUUAAAGAAGAAUAAUUGCAAUCUGAGAGUUAAUAAAAAGCUAAGUGAAAAUCCUCUAACAGAUCUACUUGGUUCUUCCUGUCUCAGUGAGACAGCAGUGGGGAUUUUUUUUUUUUUUUUUUUUGGUCGAAAAUGACAGAUUCUAAAGACACUCUGAAUAUGAAAUAUGAAGCUUACCAGAAGAAAUACAUAUAUGGACUUGAUUAACUAGACAUUUGUACUUACUGCCAGAAGGAUCACAUAGAAUAGGGAAAGAARCUAAAAAUAAAAGCUACUGUA